AUGUCGUCCACCGCUCCGUCAAUACGGCAGCGCAAGUCUCCCACAUCCACGUCCAACGGUGCCGCUCCGAAAGAUGCCACAUCAACAGCGGGCGCAAUCCUCGCCACCACCGCUCCAGAGUGGAUUCUGAUCCUCAGCCUCAUCUUCGGCGGCUGCUGUUCGAACGCGUUCACCCUCGAGCUUGCCACGCGCCAGCUGCCGUCGGCGGGCACGCUGAUCACAUUCGCCCAGUUCCUCGUCACCACUCUUUCGGGCUUGCCGUAUUUCCUCCGCUUCUCUUCGUCGUUCCCUUGGAUCGGAUUGAGGCCGAGAGCGGUUCCGCUGUAUAGAUGGGUGGUGCAGGUGGCAUUCUAUCUGACGACGAGCCUGCUCAACAACAUGGCGUUUGCGUACGACGUACCUAUGCCGGUUCACAUUGUCUUUCGAUCCGGAGGAUUGGUGGUCAACAUGAUCCUCGGCUGGCUCGUGCAGCGUCGACGCUACUCCCCAUUACAGAUCUUCAGUGUGGCAUUGGUCACAGCGGGAGUGGUGAGCAGCACAAUGUACACCGCCCAUCCGGCGAGCAAGUCACAAGCGGACGCAGGGGAGUACGCCACAGGUGUUCUGCUCCUCUUCGCGGCACUGGUGUUGACAGGCUUCAUGGGUCUUUGGCAGGAAGCGACGUUCCGGGAGUAUGGCAAUCAGAACUGGAGGGAGAGCAUGUUCUAUUCCCACCUCCUCUCAUUGCCCAUGUUUGGGCUGCGGCGGAACAACCUUCUCGCUGACAUUCGUCUAGCCAACUCCACUACGCCGUGGUGGUUCGGCUUUGACCCUCCGCUCGACUCCGCACCCAAAUCCAUCUUCUCCAUCCUCACCCGCGGCCUUAGGAAAGAUACCACACCGACAAAGAUCUUCACCCUCCCUCCAUCGCUACGCCCCCACCUGCCAAGCGGAGGCGUGUGGAUCCCAUCCUUCUACCCACCCCUCCUGCUCAACGUCGCCACCCAGCUGUUGUGCAUCAACGGCGUCAACCGCCUCACGUCCAAGGUGAGCUCGCUGAGCGUCACGCUCGUGCUGGUGCUCCGCAAGGCGGUGAGCCUCAUGGUCAGCGUGAUGCUCGUGCAGGGAGAUGGUGGGAGUACGGGGUUGUGGGUCGGCGCGGGCGCUGUGUUGGUCGGGACCGUCGGGUAUAGCUUGUCCGGUAAUGCGAAAGUGAGGCCGAAAGAGAAGCGAGACAAGGCGCAAUAG